AUGGGAACACCAGUAGCAGAGGCAGCAGCAUCACAAGCUAUGACCUCGUCUGCGUCUGCCGCUGCCCCCGCGCCCCCCAAGCUGCUGGCCGACGCGCUCCACCUCCUCGACGCGGCGUCGCGGCUCAUCACGGACGUGCGCAGCGGCGUGGAUGUGCUUAUAGAGGGGGUUGUGACCGCAGCGGAAGCAGGAGGGGAGGGAUGGGGAGGCGACGAGGAGGGCGGGGGCGGAGCGGCGGAGGUGAUGGGGGAAGUGGAGAGGCGGAUGCGCGGGACCGUGGCGCAGCUGCAGUCCGUUGGCACGCAGUUAGCGCAGAUGGGCGCGUGGGACGCACACGGCACGCCUUCCCCACCCGCCGCCACUGCAGGCGGAGGGGACGGGACCGGGGGAGAGGAGGGAAAGGCGGCAGUUGGAUUGCAUGGUGAUUCGAACGAGGGAGGUGAGGGAGUUAGUCGGGGUGGAGUUUCGAGGAAGGUGGUGGGGGGGGGUGGGCAGGCGGCGCUGGUGUGCGCGGAUGGCAUGCUGGUGAGCUACGCGUGGAAGCGCCACAUCGCUGCUCAUGCCGCCACCACCGCUGCCACGCGCACCGGAGGCGCCCUCUCCCCUCUCCGCCCAUCGGUUCCUCUUCCCUGCAUCUCGCUGUCCGCCUUCAAACCUCAUACGCCGCUGCUCCCCUACGUUCCCAUCGCACUACCACACCAUGGCCACUCCAUGCAUCUUCUUCAACUACUCUUCUUCUCUUCCCUCUCCCCAUCUCCUCCUCCCCCUUCUGCCCCUCUCUCUCUAUCUCCGUUUCCCUCUCUCCACCUCUUCCUCGGCACCCCUCCCCCCACCAGAGUGGCGCUCGCGGCAUUUCAGCGCCACAGGCAGCGCUGCUUCCCGGCCCUCACGGCGCCGCCUCUCACGCUCACUGCACUCGCGCACCACCUCGCGCAGCGACCCACAGCCUGCCCUGCGGAUGCCGCAGCAGUGGGUGCUGGCGGCGGUGGCAGUGGUGGCGAGGGUGCUGCGGGGCCCACCAGUGCUGCCGCUGCACCUGCCCAGCCUGCUGCUCACGGCUCCGCCACCACUGCUGCUGCUGCCGCUGCUGCCGUGAAGGUGGAAGGGGCUACAGUGGCUGGGGGGGAAGGGGCGGGUGGUGGGGGUGGGGAAGGGCAGGUGCAGGCAGCAGAUGGUGGUGAAACUGGGGAAGGCACAUGCGCUGCCACCGAUACUGCUACUGCCGCUGCUGCCCCUCAUGCUGCUGCUGCUGCUGCUGCUGCUGCUGCUGGUGCAACAACAUGCUCAGAAGGAGCAGCAGAAGGCACCUCUGUCAACACAGGUGCUUCUGGGGAAGGUACACCUGCAACUGCUGCCGAUACGCCUGCUGCCGCGUCCGAACCUGGCCGCGAUGGCCCGGGACCAGGAUUGGGCCGAGCCACCCCACCAGCAGGCUUGGGGGUGAUCGGGGCGUUAGGUGCGGUUGGACUGGGUCGGGGGAGGGUCGGGGGACUGGUUCGGGGCCUUGGGGCGUUUGGGCGGAUGGGGGGGAUAGGAGGAAGUAUUGGGGGGAGUAUCGGGGGAAUGGGGGCAGGGGCGGGGGGAGGUGUGGGGGGGGGGAAUGCGAUGGAGGCGGACGACCUGGGGGGGGGCGAUGAGAUGAUGAUGCUGGGGGGCGACUUUGGCGGCGAGGACAUGGACGUGGAUGGGCGCGGCGCGGGGGAUGGGGGGGACGGGGCAGGCGCCCAGGCAGAGGAGCAGGGGGAGGCAGGUGGGGCGGAAGGAGGGGAAAUGGGAGGCGGGGAGAGGAAUGAAGGGCAAAGGCCGGUCUCUGGUGCUGGAGAAGGAGGUGCGGACGAGGGAGAAGGGGGUGGGGCGGAAAAGGCAGAGGGGGCAGGGGCGAAGGGAGGUGAAGGGGGGAGUGAAAGCAAGGCAGGGGUUGGUGGUGUUGGUGGUGGUGGUGGAGGGGAAGUUUCAGGGCGUGCAGGUGGGGCGAGAGGAGAACCAAUGAGUGGCGGUGGUGAUGUGGACGCUGCCAAUGUGGGUGGCAGUGGCGAUGGUGGUGGGACUGGUGCUGAUGCGCAUGUUGGCGCAGCGGGAGCCAAGGGCGUGAAGAGGAGGCGGGGCGAGGGGGGCGGCAUGGAGGGCGGCAUGGAGGCGUGCAGCGACCCCGUGCUGCGCGCCGUGCUGCAGCGCGUGCGUGUGGCGUGCCCCUCCUUGCACCUCGCCCUGCUGCGCCGCUCCUCCUGGCCGACCCACCUCAUGGCGCACACUGGCACAUGCGCUGCUGCUGUGCACGAUGGGGGGGGAAGGGCAGGGCGAAUGGAGAGGGGGGAGAGAUACGAGGGAGGAGAGAAUAGGGAGAGGGAGAAGGGGCAAAUGAAGCAGGAGAAAGUGAAGCAGGAGCAAGGAGGGGCGAGAGAAGAAGCACCCCCUUCAAGAAAAGCUCCUUUGGAAUUGCAAGCCUCGCCCGCUCAAAGGCGAAGGCGGGGGCAAGGGGGAGCGCAGAUCAUGUGUCCUCCCGGAGUGAUUGAGGCGAGGGUUCCUGGAGCAUUCCGUGCAGUUAUCUCCCUCAUGCCAGCUGGCACCUCACGAGUGGAUGGGGUCGCUGUGUUUGGGACAGACGAGGUGGGGCCGCAUGUGCAUGCGUGGGGGCAGUCGCACCACAUGGCCUUCCAGCUCGUCACUGCACAAGCACGGCAAGUGGUGCACAAGCUGCGCUGUGCGGCCUCACCGCAUCCCUCCGCAGCAGCAUGCACCACUCCGCCUCUGCAAGGCCUUCUGGUGAGACCUCUUCAACCCGCUCCCUUCCUCUUGUGA